UUUAAAUGUUUAUUAAGUGAUUGAUUUAUAAAUAAAAAAAAAAAAAAAAUGAAAAAUUGAUUAUUAAAUGAGUUAAUGUGAUUUUAGAGUGAUUAUUUGAGUUGAAUUAUUAAUUGAUUGUUGUGAAUUUAUAUUGAGGAAAUAUUUAUAAUGCCACGACCGUCGCGUGAUACAUAUGGUGAUCAAAAACCACCGUAUUCGUAUAUAUCAUUAACGGCAAUGGCAAUAUGGUCAUCGAGAGAUAAAAUGUUACCACUUGCUGAGAUAUAUAAAUUUAUUGCUGAUAGAUUUCCGUAUUAUAGAAAAGACACAAGAAGAUGGCAAAAUUCAUUGAGACAUAAUUUAUCAUUUAAUGACUGUUUUAUCAAGAUACCAAGAUCACCACAUAGACCUGGUAAUGGAAAAGGUGCAUACUGGGCAUUACAUCCAGCAGCAUUAUCAAUGUUUGAAAAUGGAUCAUUAUUACGUCGUCGUAAACGUUUCAAGUUACAUAAACCAGAUAAAGAAUUAUUAAAAAAUGAAUUACAAGCAUUGGCAUCAUCAAUGCCACCACCAAAUCAUCAAGAUACAAAUUGUACAACAAGUACAUCAUCUUCAUCAUCAUCAUCAUCAUUACAAUCUCCAAGUAACACAUUAAAUGCAUCAAAUCUUCAUAGAUUACGUGAAGAUUUAUUGCGAUGGGAAAUGCAAGAAAGAAGAAUGAUGGUUGCAUCAACAACAAAUGGAUAUAAUAUUGAUACACAAAUUGAUUCACCAGCAUCAUCAGCAUCAGCAGCAGCAGCAGCAGCAGCAACAAAUUAUUAUUUAUUAACAAAUGAAGCUAGACAAAGAUUAAAUGGUACAACAAAUGACAUUAAUAAUCCAUAUGAUACAAAUAAUUUAAUACAAACAAAUAAUUGGUCAUUUAGUGGUUUUAAUAAUUCAUAUAUUAAUCAUCAUCUUCCUGCAUAUUUACAGUCAUCCAGCAAUAUUUGCAAUAAUCGUCUUCCAUCAAUUGACAAUGGAAGUAAUAAUAUAAUAUCAUAUCGUGAUAGGCACUAUGAUGAUGACACAAUAACACUACAACAACCACCACAACCACCACCACCAACAACAACAACAACAACACCACCAACGUCAUCAUCAUCAUCAUCAACAACAUCAACAAAGCUUUACAGACAAACAGAUGUAUUAUUUGGUAAUACAUCACCAAGAUUAUCACCAAAUUAUUUAGAUAAUCAAGAUAAUACAAAUAUUGAAAAUAAAACAUCAAGAACAUCACCAAUAAUUGAUACAACAAUAAUUAUAAAUAAUAAUAAUAAUAGUAGUAAUAAUAAUAAUAAUAAUACGAGUCAUAAAAAAGCCAAAAAACCAUUUACUAUUGAAAAUAUAAUAGCACCUGAUGAUGAUGAUGAAGAUGAUGAUGUUAAUAAUAAUAAUAUGAAUGAAGAUGAUGAUAAUGAACAUGAUGAUAUUAUUAUUAAUAAUCAUAUAAAUAAUAAAAGUGGAUUGCUGAUACCACGACCAAUUUAUGCUGGUUUUCCAAUGAUCACAACUGGUGCUGGUAUUCAUAGAUCACCAUAUGGUACCACAACAUGAAAGUGAAAUAAUGUAUCAUGUGAUUAUUAUUUUUUUAUUAAUUGAUGAUAUUUUUGUUGUUUUAUUUUUUUUUUUGGAAAUUGAUCUAGUGAAAAUUAAAACUAGUGAGUGGAUGUGCAGUAUUGUAAAUUUUUUUUUUUAGAUUUUUUUUUGAAUGAGGGAAAAUGCUGUGAUCGUUGCAGUGAUGGGAAAACUUUGGUUUACCUUUUACUGUGUUUUUAUUUAAAAAAAAAUAUAUAUAUGUGUAUGUAAUAAGAUAUAGACUGUUGGAAAUGAACGACGAAAAGAGAGAGAGA